AUGCUGGAUGAUGUCACUCUGCCCCUCCUCCUUGACACAGGGGCCACUGUGUCACUUUUGAAUUUAGUAACCUAUAAGCGUUUCUUCUCCCAUAAGCCACUGGGACCAGCCUCUACAACUUUGCGAGGUUAUGGAAAUUCUGAAAUAGACAUAGUGGGCUCUCUACAGUUGCCUGUACGCUACGGGGGGAAGGCCCUACCGACAUUCACCUUCCAUGUGUCACGCCAUGGGACCAACCUACUUGGCCUUGACCUCUUCAACGGCCUCGGAUUCACCCUACUGGAUACAACAGGCUCAGAAAUCCACACUGUCGCCACCCCAGAGCACCAACAGUGGCCAACAUUGUUUGACGGGGUGGGUUGUCUCACUGCUUUUGCCCAUCAGCCCCUGGUAGACCAUACCGUAACACCAGUGGUGCAACCACUCCGCCGUUCCCCUCUAGCACUGCGGGAUGACAUCUCAUCUGAGCUACGGCGCAUGCUAGAUGAGGACAUAAUUGAGCGUGUGAAUGCUUCGCCGUGGAUAUCCAACCUGGUGGUGGCGAAAAAGAAGACAGGAGGCCUGCGCAUCUGCGUGGACCUCAGAGCUGUAAAUAAGGCCAUAAUACCUGAUCGCUACCCUUUGCCAACAACAGAGGAGCUCACAGCUCAGUUCUAUGGAUCCACUGUUUUUUCAAAACUUGACCUCCGCCAGGGCUACCUCCAAGUUCCUUUACACCCUGAUAGCCGCAACCUAACCGCCUUCAUUACCCAUGAAGGUGUCUUUCGCUACAAACGCAUGGCCUUCGGACUGAGCUCCGCUCCAAGCUGUUUUCAAAAAAUCAUGGCUUCCAUCCUGGCAGGGAUCCCGGGCGUGGCCGCUUAUCUUGACGACAUUGUUGUUCAUGGAACCACCACUGCAGUGCACGACGAACGCCUCCACAGAGUGUUUAAGGCAUUAGCGGAGCACCACCUCACACUCAAUGGAGACAAGUGUGUUUUUGGGGCCUCAGUCAUUGAAUAUGUGGGGUUCCGCCUCUCAGCUGAGGGCAUAAGCCCACUCCACUCGAACACAGAGGCCAUCCAGCGAGUCCCUGAGCCCACAUCACCAGCCCAGGUUGCGUCCUUCCUGGGGAUGACCGCAUAUUAUCUUCGUUUUUUGCCUCAGUACUCAUACACAACUGCUCCACUACGCAAGCUGAUGAAAAACGAUGAGCCCUGGCUCUGGACACCCGCCUGUGCCGAGGCGGUGCAUCGCCUAAAGUCACAGCUCACUUCACCACCGGUCUUAGCACACUUUGAUCCAGCCAGCCCCACACUUGUCACCUGUGACGCCUCUGCUAUCGCCAUUGGUGCUGUGAUGUCCCAACUCCAGGGUGGCGUGGAAAGGCCAAUCGCUUUUGCCUCUCGAGCACUCAGCCCUACAGAACAGCGUUACUCGGUAGGGGAGCGAGAGGCGCUAGCCUGCCUCUGGGCUUGUGAGCGGUGGCACAUGUACCUGUACGGACGCAAAUUCACCCUGAGAACAGACCACCAAGCACUCACCACUCUCCUGGCCACGUCAGGCACUGGCCACAAACCACUUCGUCUGCACCGCUGGGCUGACCGCCUACAGCAGUACAACUAUGGUCUGCAGUUCACACCAGGGCGUGACAAUGUGGUGGCCGACCUGCUGUCACGUUCAAUCCCUACUCAACCCACACCUCCGGUUGAGGAUCUUGAGCACGACCAAACAGAGCAGGACCUCAUACAGCUUCUCCAUGCACCACUUCAGGAAACUGUGUCACUGCGUGAGCUGGUGGAUGCUUCAGCAGCCGACCCUGUCCUCUCUGUAGUGUCAGCAUACAUUAGACAUGGCUGGCCUACAAAAGUACCAGAUGAGCUCUCACCCUAUUUCAGAAUCCGUGAGCAGCUGGCAUGCUGGAACGACACUUGUGUUGCUAGGGGGCUCUGCACUGUGGUCCCGAGUGCCCUUCGUGCGCGUGUUCUUGCUAUGGCACACGAGGGUCACUUGGGCAUAGUCAGGCUCAAACAACGGUGUCGGGACCUUGUUUGGUGGCCAGGGAUUGACAGAGACAUCGAGACCCUGGUCAGGGACUGCACCGCUUGUCUUCUCAGUGGCAAGACCCGGGCCCCAGGCCCGCCCCCACCCAUGCAACCCUUGAACUGGCCAUCCCAUCCAUGGGAGCACCUCCAAUUAGACGUCUGUGGAGAGUUACAUGGGGUGCCACACCACCAACGGUUUCUGGUCGUGAUCUAUGACCUCCACUCUAAGUGGCCUGAAGUUGCACCCGUGGGCUCCGUCACCGCCAAAGUGCUAAUUGACAUCUUAGACUCACUGUUUGCACGAUGGGGUUUGCCCAAGAAAAUCACCACCGAUAAUGGGCCUCAGAUGGUCUCACAUGAACUGUGCACCUACCUGAAAGAGAAAGGGAUUCAGCAUAUUCGCACGGCUUACUAUAACCCAUCAGCUAACGGGGGGGUCGAAAGGCUGAAUCAGUCCCUCAAGAAUGGAAUAAGGGCACACCUCGCUCAAGGGUGCACAUUUCAUGCCAGCCUCCUCCAGACGCUCUUACACUACCGCGCCACCCCACAUGCCACUACGGGAGCCUCCCCAGCAUCCCUCAUGCUGGGACGGGAGCUCCAGCUGCCUUUGGAUAGACUUCGCCCUGUUCUGGCCCAGGCUCCAGUUCAUCCAAUCCAAGCAAGGGUUAAUGCCCGUCAGAGCCAGAUGAAGAACUGGUUUGACCGGAGACGGCGAGCCAGGCCACCCGCCAUUGCUGCUCGAGACUGGGUCAGGAUCCGCCGACCCCACCGUGACAACAAACUGCAGUCGUUCUGGUCAGAUCCAGUCCAGGUCAGCCAACAGCUUGGGCCCGCCACAUUCAGGCUCGUGGAUGGCACUCGCUGGCAUGCCAGUCGUCUGCGCAAAGUACAGGCACCCUCUGGGCCAGGUCUGAACACGGCCCCAUGGUCUGACCUCGCAGCAGCCCCAGCUCUCCCACAACUCGACGCCCCAGCGCCUCCUGUCCAGCUAGAAGCCAUGGAAGCAACCCCUGACACCUGUGCCGACCACCAGCCUCGCCCAGCCCGUGCACAUACCCGGCCUGCACACUUGAAUGAUUUUGCAACUGAGUAUCACACUUAG